AUGGAGGUGGAGGAGGAGGGAAGACGCUCUCCACACAACCGUGGGGAAGCGUGUGUCUCCGAGAGCUUCUUUGAUCGCGUAACGCAAGUAUUACGCAACGAUCUCGAACAUGAGCGGGGCAGGCGUCUCCAACUGGCGGACGCUGCCUCGAAGCAUCGAGCUGAGUUUGCCUUUGCUCAGCUUGAGAACGAGAGAGCUCUGACAUCUCUUCGUGACGAGCUAAGGGUAGCUCGCGGGAUUGUUGAUCGGUCUCGGGCUGAGGUAACUGCUCUUCAGACCCUUGUCGAUGGCCACCAUCGGGAGCACAAGGCCCUCUGUGAGGUGCUUGAACGCAAGGGCGUUCUUCAUCGGAAGAAACAGCGUACUGAUAGUACGGCUUAA